AUGUUUAAAGUAUCUAAAGAAAAAAUUCAAGAGAUAUUGUCUUCUGGAUUAACUUAAAAUUCUGGAGACAGCAUGGUCUAGUUCAAUUCAACUAAGCGCUUUGAGGAAGCUUUAAAGAGCAACACCACUUAAGGAUUGGGUGAUAAUGAUAUACGAUUGAGGCAACAGGUAUUUGGUGUCAAUCAGAUUGAGAAUUUGGAUUCGAUAGGUUUCUUGAGUGCAUUCUGUAUUAAUUUACUUGUAAACAAUCAAUUUAACUAAGAAACCUAAAUCGAUAUUCUUCUUAACCUUGUCAUUAAUUGCAUUCGGUUUAAAAUAUUUAUCCACAUAAGGAAUUUAUAGAAUUGAAUGGAUUGAAAGUUUAGUUAUCUUUGGAUUAAUUUCUUUGAAUCUCAUAAUAUCGGCUAUUCAUGUAUAAUUUCAAUUAAAUAAGCAAAGUUGAAAAUUGCUGAUAACAAUAAAAAAAAACUUUUGCUUUAGGAUGAAUAAUCUAAAUCUGUAAAAGUGUUGAGAAAUGGAUAAGAGGAAACUCUAAUCGCAAGAGAUCUAGUGGUUGGAGACGUAGUCCUUUUGUAAGAGAAUGAUUAACUCUACGUAGACGGAUUGAUUGUUGAAUAAAAUAAUUUAGAAAUUGAUGUAUUGAUUUUUGUAAUUACCUCAUCUUUAGGAGAGUUACCUAACAGGGGAACAGGAUUUGAUUCAUAAAAUUACAUUGGAAGAAGCAACUCAAAUGAAAUAGCCGAUUUCGCCAAAUAAACACUUAGCCUUUGCUUAGACUAAGGUAAUCAAGGGAAGUGGAAAACUAUUGGUCUUGGCUGUUGGAUUAGAACUUCAAGCCAGCAGAAUAAUGGUGUUAGUAAAGCAGGAGGACAACAAGACACCCAUCUUGUCAGCAAUUGAAACUAUUUCUUCUAAAAUGGAAACUAUUGGAUUCGUUGGAGCUAUAGUUGUUAUUUUUAUGCUUCUCGCUAGAUACAUGAUUGAGUAUCGUAAUUCCAAUGUUAAUGGAUAUAGUACAUUUUCAAAUAUCCUUAAUCUAAUCAUUGUGUUAAUAUCUGGAAAUGCUUCCAAGGCAUUGAUUACUCAUUUUUAAUUUCAAUUAGCUUAAACUGUAAAUUUGAUGCUAUACUCCUAAAAUUUGGUUAGGAAACUCAAUUAAUUGGAAAAUCUGCCGUUUAUGGACUAAGUAGUUUUUAUUAUAAUUUUUAGUUGCUUAUUGACAAAACAGGAACUCUCACACAAAAUAGAAUUUAAUUGGAUAGAUUCAUGAAUGAUACAACAGAUGAGUUGACUUAAUCAAGAUUUAACCACUUCCCAUAAGAAUUCCAAAAGGCAUUUAUUGAUGCUUGUUUUAUUAAUAAUGCAUACAAUCCGGAAACAAAUUCAGGGACUCCUAUUGAUAUCGCAUUAUUUUAGGUAGCUUAAGAUAUGAGCCUUAAUUUAGAGGACAGGAAGAAAUAAGUGACUCAUUAAAUACCUUUUGAUAGUGCAAGAAAGAAAUUGGUAAGACAAUUUUAUUAUUGGUUAGACUACAAUAAUUAACAAUAAUAGGGUGGUUGUAAGGGGAGCAUCUGAAAUAAUAUUUAAAUAGGCAACUAAGUUUUAUAGUUUGAAGGAUGGAAUAGUUGUGAUUGAUGAUUUUAUGAGGGAUUGUUUGGAAUAGAAUUUGAUUUAAUUGAAUCAUGAAGGCAGAACUGUUGCAAUUGCUUAUGCAGAUGUGGACUUAAAAAAUGAAAAUGUUGAUCAGUUGAUAUAGGACAACAAAUUUGAAUUUGAUAGAUAAAAUUUGACAUUAUUAGGUUUCUUGUUAUUUUUGGAUCCUUUGAGAAUAGAAACCAAAAUGACAGUUGAAGGGUUGAAAUAAGCUGGAAUAAAGGUUGUAAUGAUAACAGGGGAUAAUUCGAUAACUGCAAAAAGUGUUGCAAUUAAAGCUGGCAUUAUGGCCUUGGAUUCAAUCAUAACAGAGGGAGCUGAGUUUGCCAAUAAAUUACAAAAUAAAAAUGAAGAUUUCAAGAAGGACAUUGAAGAUAUUUAUGUCCUGAGCAGAGCUAGACCUGAGGAUAAGUAUAAUCUUGUCAAAGAAUUAUAGGAAUUAGGUCAUGUUGUAGGAGUAUGUGGAGAUGGCACUAAUGAUAGUAAAUUAUUACAUUGUAUAAUUAGGUCCUGCAAUAUCUAAGAGUGAUAUAGGUUAUAGUUUGGGAAUAUCGGGAACAGAGUUGGCUAGAGAGAGUUCAGGUAUUAUAUUAUUGGACGACAAUAUUCAUUCUAUUUAUAAGGGAAUCAUUUUGGCCAGAAAUCUCUUUGAUUCAGUCAAAAGACUAGCUCAGUAUUAAAUAACUUCGCACUUUUCAUUGAUUAUUAUUCUAAUAGCUUCAUCAGCAAUUGGAGAUACUGUUAUAUCACCACUUUAAUUUAUUUGGAUCAAUUUAAUCACUGAUUUAUUUGCUACAUUUGCUUUGUCUUAUUGUAAACCAAGUUCUUAUUUGUAUCAUUAAAAACCUCCGAAUAAAAAUGGAUUUCUAUUGGAUAUCAUUGUUUACAUUCACAUAAUAAUUCUUGCAAUAUACAUCAUAAUAGUUUGCAUAAUUUUCGUUCAUUAAGUAAUUAAAUACUCUACUUAUUUAUAUAGUCCUUGAUGGUAUUCAAUUUGUUUGUCAUGAUUACUUUGUUUAAUUUGAUUAAUUCUCGUAUGGUCUACUUGGAAUUCAAUGUGUUUAGUGGAUUCUUUGGAUCUUGGAUGAUAUAUUCUUCAAUUUUGGUGAUAGGAUUACUGCAAUAUCUAAUUGUGGAGUUUGGAGGAAUAGUGAUGUAAACCUUUGAUGGGUUGAGCUUGAAUUAGUGGUACAAUUGAAUGUAAAUAUUAAAGGCUUAUUUGUAUCGUGAUUGGAAUCGGCAGUGUAAUUUGGAGAACGAUAGUAAUACUAAUUAUAAGGCCGAUUAUUGUAAAUAAUCAGUUAUAUAUAUUAGAAGAGUGAGAAAUAAAAAUUAAAAGUUAGUUGAG